UCGUUCGAAAAAGCAUGAGCAAUUUUUCUUAACAUCAGAAAAAUGAGAGACACACCAUUAUCAGCCUGUGAAAGGCUCUUUAUAAUCAAAGCUUUAAGCGAUAAAAAGAGAUUGGAUGGAAGACAACCAUAUGAUUACAGAAAAAUUAAAAUUACAUUUGGUGCGGACAGGGGCUGUUGUAAAGUGAAUCUUGGACAAACUGUAGUUUUGGCACAAGUUUCGUGUGAAAUAGUGUCUCCCAGAGCAGUGAGGCCCUCAGAUGGAAUCUUGUUUGUAAAUGUUGAGUUGUCUCCCAUGGCUUCACCAGCCUUUGAAGUGGGCAGGAUGUCUGAGUUGGGCGUAGAAAUCAACAGACUGUUGGAACGCUGCCUUAGAGAGUCCAGAUGUGUUGACACAGAGUCUCUAUGUAUUAUUUCUGGUGAAAAGGUCUGGCAAAUUCGUGUCGAUGUAAAUGUGAUGAAUCAUGACGGAAAUAUUGUGGAUUGUAGCAGUAUAGCAGCUAUAUCUGCUCUGGCACACUUCAGACGACCAGAUGUCACAGUUGAUGGAAAUGAAGUCAUAGUGCAUCCCAGUGAUGAAAAAGACCCAAUACCUCUGAGUGUUCAUCACAUGCCCAUCUGUGUCACCUUCUCCUUCUAUCAACAAGGGAAAUUUUUAUUGGUGGAUCCAACAGAUAAAGAGGAAAAAGUUAUGGAUGGAAAGAUGGUUAUAGGGAUGAACAAACACAGGGAAAUAUGUACCUUGCAGGUGUCAGGGGAAAUGUUACUGAUGAAAGAUCAGGUGUUGAGGUGUUCCAAUAUAGCUGUUGUCAAAGUAACAGAAAUCACAGAAUUGAUACAGAGAGCCCUAGAACAUGACAGAGAAGCAAGACUGAAGGGAGAGAAAUUUGGUUUUGCUGAGUCUGAGUCCCCCACUGAGAGUAUACUGACGAACCACAGAGAACCAGAGGAAAUUCAGACUACAGAGGCCCAGAUAAAUGGAGAAUCGGAUGAUGAGAUGGAUAUGAAUGGAGACUUAAACAAAGAAGAGAAAUCACAGGUUAAAAUUCUUGGCCCGGGAGUUGGAAUGAUUGGGGAGGGUGGAGCCAGUACCUGGGAUAUUGAAGAUGAGGAUAUGAUAGAAGAAUUACAAAAAGAGGCCAAGGUCACAGGAACUAACCAGAAGGACAUAUCUCACAUUACAGAUGACCAGCCUGCUGUCACCAAUGUGUGGAUUGUAGGAUCGUCCAUAGUGUAUUGGGCAGAAGCUCGAGCCAGGGCUCGCAGAAUUCACAAUCUGACAUACAAUGAGAGGGAGGUGGAUAUUUACUGGGAUGGUGUUCGGGGAAUGAAGUGGGACAGGCUCAUGUUUAACCUACAGCGAGAUCUCGCAGUAUUCGACUUCCCAGAUCCCAGUGUUCUGAUGAUUCAUCUGGGAUCUAAUGAUGUGGCAUCAUGGGAUACCAAUGAGUUAAUUAAUAGAAUGAAAACUGAUCUGAAGAAGACAACAGAAAUGUUCCCGACAACUAAGCUCAUAUACUCAGAGAUUCUGGCUCGGCGUGAGUGGAGGGGGAUGUCGCUGGAGUGUGGAGAAGCUAAGAGGCAGCAAAUCAACCAUGAAGUAGGUCAAUAUGUCACAGAAAUUGGGGGAGUUGUCAUGCCACAUGAUAACAUUAUACACCAGAAUGUCUCGCUAUACAUCAAAGAUGGAGUCCACAUGAAUGACUUUGGCAAUGACAUAUUGUUAGAUGAUAUUAUGAACUGUUUAUUUGCUGUAUUAGAGAAACCAUUUAAACAAAGAAUCAGAAGAAAAAGUGAUGAGGUCAGAUGAGGUCAUUCUUACAAGUGCAGACCUAGAUGUUUGUUACACUCUGCCACUGAGUAAAGAAGAUCGUGAAAAUCUGAAAGGAAGUU